CAGCUUAACAAAAGUAAAAAGAAAAAAAGGGAAGAGAAACAGGAUGUUAUAAACAAUAUAAACGCUAUUUAUCAGCGUUUCCGUUAUUUGUAGGUCAUAGAAGUUCAGUGAACCGUAUGCAGCGUGCAUGCGUGUGUAGUAAAGAUAAAUAUAAAUCAUAUAGAUUAUAGAUAUAAUAAUGGAAGGUGCAGAAAAAAAGAUGGAUGAAAAAUAUCCUAUGAGAAUUGCAGAAAGACGAUUUAAAGGAAUUUUAAUGUGGCAAUGUGAAGCGGAGGAAUUUGAAACUAUGGAAACUAGAGCAGACGAUAUUUGGAUAUGCACCUAUCCUAGGUCAGGCACUACAAUGACUAUACAAUUAGUUUACUUGAUUCAAACAUUAGACUUUGAAACGGCAAACAACGUUCAACUAGAGGUUAGAGUUCCAUUCCUCGACUGCAAAGAUGACAGAUUUCCGUACUAUAAAGGAAAGAAAACAAUAGACGAAAUGAAAUCACCAAGGAUAAUAAAAUCACAUCUCCAUCAUUUUCUUCUACCUGAACAACUGCGAAAAGGCAAAGGGAGGAUAAUUUAUAUGUAUCGCAACCCGAAAGAUGCUGUUAUUUCACUAUUCAAAUUAUUUAAGUGGACACAUCAACUUGAUGAGGGAGACAAUAUGUUUGGUCGAUUCUUUGACAGCUUUGUCGACGGCACAGCAUAUGCAUGUCCGUGGCCGCAGCAUGUUCUUGGAUAUUGGGAGAAGAAAGAUGAACCUCAAGUUUUAUUUCUCCGAUUUGAAGAUGUUGUCAAAGUGAGCUUAUAAAUGUAAAGCACACGU